AUGCCUUUGAAGAUCUUUGGGACGGAGAUGUUUCCUUCGCACAUACCGUCGGGAUCACCUCGCAACGAAUCGAUCAAAGCUGAGCCGCCUCUUCAACAAGAUCGAGCUCCGGUGGCCAUUUCUGAGCUUCAAGAAGCUACGCAGAAUAUGGAGUGCGACGAAGCGCCGUGCGGGAACCAAGAUAGGCUGUCAGUAUCAACAGAAACUGCGUCGACGCAAAGUCGGCUUCAUCGACGGAAGUUCUUCGUCAGUGAAACAUGCACCGAUGGUGCCCACACUGAAUUUAAAUGGUACCAGUGUGAAGAACUCAGCCUGGACAAUCAAAUCAAGAGUUUAAACGAAGAAAUUGCCCGUCUUGAGCAGCAAAACUCAGAUUGUGGCACGGCAAACCAUAAGCUUAAUGAAGAAAUUCGCAGCCUUUACCAACAAAAUUAUGACAUUUGCUCAGUGAACGGUUAUUUGGGUGAAGAAAUUCGCCAACUCAGCCUGCAAGUCUCGGAGUUAUCGCAAGAGAAUCACAGCAUGGAGUUACAGAAUCAUCAAUUGAGGGCGCAGCUUCAGGAAGCCCAACAGCAGGCGCAGAGGGCUGCUGCAUGUCACGGAAAGUCAAGUCCAGGAGCAAACGGAAACAAGAUACCUGAUUCAGAAAUCAAGUCGAAAUGGAGACAAAUCAAGUUCAAUGUGAAGAUUUUGGCCGGGUUCAUACUUGACAACAAUUCUAUAGACAGCCGGCAAGCCAGGCAUUGUAUCGAGGUAAUGAAGGGAUUAAUGAAUGGCAAAACCGGCAACGCGACAGAGGAUUUCUUCCAGGAGCCGUGCAACGGGCGAUUUUGGGUGGAAGCAUAUCUCUGGAAGGUCCUCUCCGAUGUUGUUUUUGAAUCGAAAGGCGGAACUGUUACGACCGCUGCGAGAAGCACUUUCAAAAAACUUAGGAAGCAGUAUGCCAGGAUGAAAAUAGGCGACUCGUCCCAGAUCGCGCCCAUGUAUGAGUGGUUACAAUUAGGUUGGGCCUUCAUACAGCCACCACCAACACCUGACUACGUCAACGAGCUCCUACGAAAGCACUGCGAAGAAAUCUACAAAAUGAUUCACGGCAAUGGUGACAGUGAGCGCUCAGAUAGUCGAGAAGAUUCACGCGAAGUGCUCCGAGAUUUGAUGAAGUUGGCUCUGGAGCUAGAUGACAUGAUCAUGACCUCAAAAGCCACGUUCACCGUGGUAUGGCCUGCUGAGAUGGGCGAGUUCAACACUGGCAAUGGCACGGAGUAUCGAGCAUCUCAUAUGGAGGUAGUACAGGAAGAUGGAGAGCCCAGUGAGAAUGUGACGUUGAGGCUCUGCGUUACCCCUUUACUCCUGAAGAGAGGGAAUGCGAACGGUAGGAACUACGAGACUCAGAUUGUGCUCGUUAAGAGCGAUGUUGUGGUGGCUUACGGAUCUAGUCAGGGGAGCACACAACUUCACCAGCUUCAGGAGAGCACCCCUCCAUGA